AUGCCACCGCCGCGUCGCCGUCCCAGUCACCACGUCCUCCGCCUCCUCCUCCCGGCCCUGCUGCUACCUUGGUCACCCCCAGCCGGAGCCCUCGCGCCCCCCCCGCGCCCCGCCUCCGCUCUGCUCCAGGCUCUCGGGCUGCACGAAGAGACCCGGGACGCCCCCACACUCCGGCCCGUGCCCCCGGUUAUGUGGCGCCUAUUCCGCCGCCGGGACCCCCAGGAGGCCAGGGCAGGCCCCCGACGGACGCCCCCAGGGGCCGCCCUGCGACCGUGCCACGUGGAGGAGCUGGGGGUCGCCGGAAACAUCGUGCGCCACAUCGCGGACCGCGGUGAGUGGGGCCUGCGCUGGGGGCAUUGGUCCUGGAGACCUCGCGGAGGAUGGGGGGUGUCCUUGAGCGUGGCUGGGGGAGGCCAGAGCAGCCCCGAGGGUCCCCAUCGCCCAGUCCCGCCCGUUAGCAGCCCGGGCCAGCGCACCGCACCCCUCCUCCUCCGCACGCUGGGGACAUCCGCGGGGUGGGGGGUUCCUGAGGCUAAGCCCCCUUGCACCAGGCGGGGCCCUUGCCUGCGGCUCCGCUGGGUCAUCGCGCCGCGGGGCUUCCUGGCCAAGUUCUGCCAGGGCCAGUGCUCCCUGCCCGCCACGCUGCCGGGUCCCGGAGGGCCGCCCGCGCUCAACCACGCCGUGCUGCGCGCGCUCAUGCACGCGGCCGCCCCCAGCGCCGCCAGCCUGCCCUGCUGCGUGCCCGCACGCCUGUCGCCCAUCUCCGUGCUCUUCUUUGACAACAGUGACAACGUGGUACUACGGCACUACGAGGACAUGGUGGUGGACGAGUGCGGCUGCCGCUGACCCGGGGUGGGCGGGGUGGGCCCAACAAUAAACACCGUGUGGUCUGUUC